AUGCAACUCCAUAAUGCUGGAGCCGAGUUCAAAUUGAGCAAAAGCAACGACUCAUUCCACAUAAAUUUCGAGAAGGGGACUUUGGAAAUUCCACCGCUGAAACUACAGCUUGAAACUGAAUCGUUGUUUCGAAAUUUGAUUGCUUUCGAGCAACGUCAUUACUCCGAUAAUUACAUAAACGAUUAUGUUUUUAUCAUUCAUCAUCUUGCCAACAGUCCCAAGGAUAUUGAGUUGCUUGUUGAGAAACAAAUUAUCGAAAAUUGGCUGCCGGAUAAAGAAGGAGCCUCAACUCUUUUGAAUAACCUCUCAAAUGGGACAACUUUGAAUCCUGAUAAUUUUUAUUUCUCAGAUCUUUGUGAAGAAAUGGAAAAUUACCGUGCAAAAAGCUACAACAAGUGGAGGGCGAUAUUGAUACAGAAUUAUUUCAGCACUCCAUGGGCUACCCUUUCCCUGUUCGCCGCUGUUUUUCUGAUUCUACUUACAGUCAUUCAAGCAGUGACUUCUGUUCUCCAAGUGACGAAUCAACAAAAUGCCGGCUCUACCACCAAGGGUAGCUUAAACCCUUGA